GCAGGUCGCUCUCUCUAGUCUCUAUCCCUUUAUUUUUUUAGCCUGAAAUCUUAAGAAUAUUGCUAAAUAAAAAAUCUAUUGACAUUAUAUUGUGAUUAACCAAUACGCAGAAAUUAUUAUGUAUUCUUAACAAUUGUGUAGCCUUCGAGAUUUCGCAUAAACUUGGACUUUGACUUAGAAGAUAGUAGCAAUGGCAAACAAUCGUAUACCUUCUGGCCCUAAUACGCCUGGAAGCCAGCAAACACCCACACAGCAAGGUAUAAAGAUAUUUAUCCAGAGAGAUUAUUCAGAAGGCACAUCGGUCAAAUUUCAAACGAGAUUUCCCCCUGAACUGGAAGAUAGAAUAGAUAGACAAUCAUUCGAAUACACAAUGGAAAGGUUGAAUGAACAUUUUGAGAUGGCAGAGAAUGCUGACUGCAGUACUUAUUGUGAGGGAUGCUUAGCUUGUCUUACCGCUUAUUUCAUCUACAUUUGUACAGAAACACAUUAUGAAAAGCACUUAAGAAAAGUCUCCAAAUUCAUAGCGACACAAAACGAAAGGGUCUACAAUCCACGAGGAGUGCAUAUAACGGAUCCUAUACUGAGAGGAUUGAGGGUUAUAGAGAUCACAGUGAUAGACCUGCCGAAUUGUCAGAGCCCAACGGGUAAUUCCACAAACACACAGAUGCGACAUACUUGACCACCACACGAGAAUAGGGAGUUUUUCAUGUAACAAUCACGGUAUUGGUUCUAAACAAAUUA